AUGUUUCCGAAUCUCUCCGAAGGUCAUUUGGAUGCCUAUCGCCAGGCCAUAGUUCAGAAUCAGCACUUGGCUGAGCUGGCUGUGCGACUUGGUCUUCACAAAUACCUUCUCUAUACUCACAGUGUGGACUUCAGCUAUGAUUCAACUUUUAUUUAUGCCCGCUCAGAUGCGUUUGAGGCUCUAAUGGCGGCCAUAUUUCUGGAUUCUAGUUUAGAAACUGUCGAUCGAAUUUUCGGUGCCGUUUUAUUUGGCGACUUAAAGCGUCUUCAUCAGACCUGGGUCCGAAUACCUCUGCAUCCUCUUCAGUUGCAAUAUCCUAAUGGUGACCGUGAAUGGGCUGAUCGGAUUCCAAUGUUAAAGGUUAGCAAAUUAACAUUUAUAAAAUUAAAAAUACCCGUAAACAUGUAUAAUUAA